AUGUCAAGUAUGGCGCAGCAGCAGCACGUGGUUUUCGUCAACAUCGCAUCCGCUGGGCACAUGAACCCCACUUUGCCAGUGGUGGCCGAACUGCGCCGCCAGGUGGCGGUAACCUAUUUCGUGGCUGCCAAGAUGCGCGAGGUUGUUGAAGCAGCAGGGGCCGCUUGGAAGAACCUGGAGGAAAUCACACACCUCAGCGAGGAGCAGAAGGCGAAAUAUGUUCCGGAGGGCAUGCCAGAGGAGGAGUACGAGUUUCCUGUGAGCAUGGUCGCCGGAGCGGCUUUUCAGCUUCCUGAGCUGCUUGCCGAGCUGAAAGGCCUCAGCCCGCCUCCAACGGUCAUCGCCUACGAUCCCUUCUUGCCUCAUCCGCUGGUGGCAGCGCGAGUGCUGGGCCUUCCUGCCGUAAGCACGCUGACGAUGCCUGGGCCCGGAGUCAUCGAGCGUCCGGCACAUGUCAUUGCCAAAUGGGAAUCCAACGAGGUGGCUAUUCGGGCCCACAAGGAGAUCAAGGACGCCUAUGGCGUGGAUGUCUUUGAACAUGGUGGGCUCAUGGAGUUUUAUUCUCCGCAGCGGAGCAUCGUCACCACCAUCGACAGCCUUUUUGUCCCGCCUGCUAAGGGCAUGCAGCAAGAACGCUUCGGGAACUUUCCGUUCACCUGCGUGGGACCUUUGAUGGAUGCUAAGCUGAAGCGCGUCUCCCACCCCAACGCCGAUCAGCAGACGUCCAACGGUCUGCCAUGGGACGUUAUUGACGAAGCACUGGCCGCUUCCAAACGCCUGGUGUUCAUCUCUUUGGGCACGGUGGCCAACUCCCACUUUUGGGACAAGAAGUUUGGCGGACAGGCGACCAACAAUGGACUGCACAACUGCACCGGCAAGGAGAUUGUGCAAUUCGUCUUCCGCACUGCCUUCGAUGCUCUGAAGCACGAGGAAGAUUUGCUUGUUGUUCUGGUCGUGGGGUGCCAGCCUGACGUACUGGAUGGCCUGCCUGGCGCGCCGCCCAACUUCAUCGUCCGCGAGACAGUUCCGCAGAUUGAGCUGCUACCGAAGUGCCAUGCUUUCCUGUCGCACUGUGGUGCAAACAGCAUGCACGAGGCCCUUGGCUUUGGGGUGCCUAUUGUGGGCGUGCCGCUCUUCGGAGACCAGGUGCCCAACAGCUUGUCUGUGGCUCAGGCUGGCGCAGGGUUCUCCUUCGCCCAACCCUUGGAAAAUCUUAGCAGCGCCAGUCUGCGUUCCUCCAUCCGACAGUUGGUGGACCCGUCCAACGACAACACCUUCCGCAAGGCAGCACAAGCUCUGAGCAAGCACAUGCAGUCUGCGGGAGGUAUUCGUCGAGCCGCCGACGUGAUUCUGGAGACUGCAUGGGGGCGGCAAUCUGCAGUUGCAGGUGCCUAG